UUUUAUUUUAUAUCAGAAUAUUUUAUGUUAUGCUAAUUAUAUGUAGGCACAUAUCUUCAACAUUUAUAAAAAAAUCUGCUUCAUUUCUAUAUUCAUGUGACAAAUGUUCAAAAUUUGGAUUUCCAAAGUUUUCUUGUUAUCAAAGACUAACAGCAACAAAGAAAAUGAAUUUUGAAGAAAUGAAGGUUAUUGAAUUGAGGCAAUAUCUGGACAGUAAAGGGUUACCGAAAUAUGGAAACAAGCACAUUCUGAUAGAAAGAGCAAAGACUUAUGCAACUCAUAUUGUCAAAAAAGAUCAAGAAUCUAGCAAUGAUGACGCUGAGUCCAAAAAGUCUGUCUUAGUCAGUAGCUCUGAAACUGUUGAGCAACCCACAAUUGGGUUCGAAAUUACUCCUAAAUUGGAAUCGGCAUCAGAGCCCGAGCUAGUACUCGAAGAAUCUCCACAAGAAAUUAAACCGGAACAGGUGAAUAAUGACCAGAAUGUUGAUGAAACUGAAGAAAAAAAUGAUGACAGUGAAGAUAUUGAUAUAAAAGUUGAAACUGAGGCUACUUCUAUUGGUGAUGUUACUGAGUCUGCUGGAUGUGCUGAUAUGGAGGAAACAGUGCAACCUUUGCGAAAAAGGAAGAUGAGAAAACCAUUGCCGUUCUAUGGCAAAAGGCCAAAACCUAAUUCUCAACCCAAAAAUGCUCUCAUGAUAAUCAAUGAAACUUUUCCUGGAUUAAAAUUUGAAAUAACCAGCUGUGGCAAUGUGAACACACCAUCAUUCGAAGCAUCGGUGGAAGUACAGGGACAAACUUUUGUUGGAGAAGAACGAUCGAAAAAACUUGCGAAGCAUGUUUGUGCCGGAAUUAUUUUGAAAGAAUUGAUGCCAGGUAUGAUGGGACCACCAGUCCAUCCUUUCGCUAUUCCUCACAUUCCCUCACAGUUUGAUUUUACUUCUGAUGACUUAGGAUGGGAUGAUCCAGAUAUUUUCAGUGAUUAUGUACAGAUGCCAUCAUCUGUUGUUCCGCAUCUCAUUGCUCCAAUGACAAGUUAUGUUCCAGUGCUUCCUCCUCCACUGAAUACUGUUGGAUCAAAACAAACUACUCCUACACCUGAAGAUAUGCAUCCUGUCAUGGUACUCAAUCAAAAACUACCGGGAUUACAGUACGCUUUUGAUCAAAGUUAUGGUAAAUCAUUUAAGGCAACUAUUGAUAUAGAAGGCAAAAGUUAUUCAGGAGAGGGAAGAAGCAAGAAAUUAGCCAAGUUUUCUGUUGCACUCAAAGCAUUAAAAGAUCACUUUGGAAUUGUGAGCAAUAAAACUGUGGAUCAACUUCCAAUAUUAAGCACUGAUAGUUCAGAUGAAACAGCUAUUACUGAUGCUGGGAAAUUGCCUGAUUUGAUUUGUGAGCUGGUUAAACAAAAAUUCGCCAACGUUACUGAUGAUUUAACGAAGAAUGAAAAUCAUAAAGUUCUUGCAGGGAUUGUUAUGACAAGAGAAAAUGGCCCGGAUGUAGAAAAGGGUGAAGUGAUUACAGUUGCAACUGGUACCAAGUGUAUUGAUGGAGGACAUUUAUCUACAAUGGGAACUGCAAUGAACGAUUGUCAUGCUGAAAUAGUUUGCAGACGAGGAUUGAGAAGGUUUCUCUAUGAUCAGCUAUUGUUAUAUUCAAGUGACAAAGUGAAAACUAUAUUCGAAGCUUGUGAAAACAAUGUUGGGUAUCGUCUGAAAUCUGAUGUUUAUUUUCAUUUAUACAUUAACACAUCACCAUGUGGAGAUUCAAGGAUAUUCUCACCCCACGAGACUAAGAAACACGAGGAUGAUCAUCCGAAUCGUAUAUCUAGAGGUCAAUUGAGAACAAAAAUUGAAGCAGGUGAAGGAACGAUACCUGUCGUGCAAAAAUCUGGUAUUGUUGCUGAUGGCAACCAACCAUGGGAUUCAAUUAUUGGUGGAGAAAGAUUAUUGACCAUGUCCUGUAGUGAUAAAUUGGCAAGAUGGAAUGUACUCGGACUCCAAGGAUCAUUGCUUAGUUUAUAUAUUGAGCCUGUAUAUCUAUCGAGUAUUAUUCUCGGAUCUCUUUAUCAUGGAAUUCAUUUGUCUCGUGGACUUCAUGGAAGAGUUAAGGAAGCCAUUGCAGCUUUCGCACAAUCUCAAAAUAACAGUGAAAAUGUUGUCAACGGAGAAACAACAGUGGAUACUAAUAAACAGAUUAUAAAAGAACCAUACAAAAUACACCGGCCGGUAUUGGCACCAAUUACCAAUCCAGUCGGAAGAAACACUGGCAAAGCACCUGGUUUUUGUCUUCACUGGACUUUGGGAGAUGAAAAUCCAACCAUUGUCAAUACAGUCACAGGAAAACUACAAGAUAAUGACGAGGCUUCGUCGAAUUUAUGUAAAAUGGAAAUGUAUCGAAUGUUUCGCAAACUGACAAAUAUCCAAGGACUUGAACCAAAAGUUAAUAUUCCUCUAAAUUGCAAAACUACACAAUAUGGUGAAAUGAAGAAACUAGCCACAGAGUAUCAAGAGUUGAAAACCAACCUUCAUGCUGGAUUCAGGGCAGCUGGUCUUGGAACUUGGGUGAAAAAACCUGAAGAGGUCGAUUUGUUCACGAUCAAUUCUGAAUUUUAAUAAAAAUGUGUCUUCAAAAAGUUUAAGUCUUAAAAAAUGAUUAGUGCAAAAGCAUUUAUUUUGUAUAUUGUAUUGUUGGUAUGUUUCUAUUGUUAAAACAUUUCAUAUUCGAUCAUAAAUAUUCCAUAUACAUAUUUUUUUUCACUGCGAAAAAAAAAGAAAAAAAAAUGCUUACCCUCCAUUUUCUGAUGCCAUUGAUUAGACAUCUACAUAAGUUCCAGAGGUUUAAUCUUUUCUUAAACCAUUCAGAUCUUUCUGAUGGCCCAUAUUUUAGCAUGUCCUUAUGUUCAUAUAAAACAAUUUGAAUGAUAACCUUCGCUGUUUUUAUCUUGAUGAAAUCUUCAACUUUAAUCAAUGUGAAAGUUUUAAGAAUACUAAAUGGUUCUAAUCAAUGAUUAAUUUUUGUUUUAAAUUACUUUUAUUGUUUUUACUGCCACCGAUUUUAUCUUAACCUGUAACAUGAUUUUCGUUGAAGCUGCCAUGUAGUGAAGAUGCUUAAUACAUUUCUUAUGAAAAAUUAA